AUGGCCGCCGAAGUGGGCAUGCGGGCGCGCUCCGCGACGGGGACUGUCGUCCGAUGGGUGGCGCUGCUUCUGCUGCUGCUGCAGUGCCUGGGCGGUCACCCCUCCUUCGCCGCCGCUCUGGAAGAUGGGCACGUGAUCGUUAAAAUCAAGAGGUACUUCAGCUUCCCCAACUCGGUGUUUGAGGGACAUUAUGGCGGCCGCGUUGAUUUCAGUAAUUCCGCUGAUGCCUGUCGUGUUAAUGGAGGUCUCCUUUCUGCGGAUCAAACAGCUGCUGCGCAUCAGUCCAUCACGGACCGAUUGAGACAUGUGGCAGGCCCCAAGGAUCAGGCAAUGUAUACUUUCAUGGGUGGCGACGCCAU